AUGACCACCAAGUCUACUCCCAAAGACCUCAUUGACUCGUUUCCGCACAGCAAACUCACCCCGAUUGCUACCGCGACAACCGAACCCGAUUACUUGUCGCUCCAUCAGCUUCAGUAUGAAAUCAACGACAAUGCGGAGACCCUUUCCUCCACUCUUGGAGAUGGCCAACACGGUCACCUUUUUCUCGUAAUUUCCGAAACCGAGUACCUCGAAAUGACCGACGGCAUUCCAUGCAUUCCUCCUGUGCAACCGCCUUUCGACCCAGUUCACGCUGCCAACGCCACAGCCCCUCAAAUUGUCGAAGCGAACCGCCAGAACGACAAACGACAAAAGCUGUUUGACCUCUAUCACAACGCCAUUAAAGCGUUUCGCAAUCAACUCCUUGAAGCCAUUCCCAUCGAAUACAUCGAAUCUCUCGGUCAUCCUACACGAGGCUUUAACAAAGUCUCUCCCCUCGAAAUCCUUUCUCAUCUCUGGGAAACUUUUGGUAAAAUUCAGGCUUCGGAUCUCAUCGCCAACGACGAACGCAUGAAAGCCGCCUGGCAUCCACCAACGCCUAUCCAGCAACUCUUCCAGCAGCUUGAAAAAGGCAAUCAGUUUAUCAUCGCGUCUGGCCAAGUCAUGGACGAACGUAUUAUCGCUCGCAUCGGCUACCAGAUCAUCGAAAAAACCGGACUCUUUGAUCUUGCUUCUCGCGACUGGCGUUAUAAAGAUGAAGCCGAUAAAACUUUGGCAAAUUUCAAAAAACAUUUCCAGAAGGCCAACAAGGAUCUCGCCCUCACCGCCACCAGCAGCUCUGCGGGUUACCACACCGCAAAUCAGAGUACUGUCACCAAGGGAAAAUCGUAUUGCUGGACCCACGGCAUCGUUCACAACACAAAGCACACCAGUGCGACAUGUGAAAAACAGGCCCCGGGGCACAAAACCGGCGCUACAUUGCACGACAAACAAGGCGGGUCGACUAAGACCUAUCAAUACACGCCACCGUCUUCAGUUGCACCAAACACUCCUCCAUUAGCUUCCUCCCCGCCAUUUUUCCCUCCCGACGCCAUUGCAGACACUGGCUGUACCGGACAUUUUUUGAGCACCAACAUUGCUCACAUACAUUGCCAACCGACGGUCCCCGGCAUCAACGUGGUCCUCCCUGAUGGUCACACAAUCACUUCGAGUCAUAUCACCGAACUCAACAUUCCCUCGCUUCCUCCGGCAGCUCGUACCGCCCAUAUCUUUCCCGGUCUCUCGAAUGGAUCCCUCAUUUCCAUCGGCCAACUUUGUGACCACGGCUGUACCGCCACGUUCACAUCUGACACAGUCCGCAUUGAGCUCAAUAACACUGUCGUUCUCCGCGGCGGCCGUUCUCCUUACACCCGAUUGUGGACCCUCGACUCCCCUGUAACGCCCAAUCCGCCCGCCACUGAAUUGCAUGCGCCUGUGCACGACAAAAAUUUUGCGAAUCACCUCGGAGACCACUCAGGGACCCUUGCCGACCGCAUUGCCUUUGUUCAUGCAUCCUUAUUCUCACCACAACUUUCAACAUGGUGCAAGGCCAUUGACGAAGGCCGCCUCACAACCUUUCCGGACAUCACGUCUGCACAGGUAAAACGGCACCCCCCACAGUCCGUCCCUAUGGUCAAGGGACACCUUGACCAGCAACGGUCCAACCUACGCUCAACCAAGCCCAAGGUCACCCUGUCUGCCUCUGUUGAUCCUGAUGACAUCAAUUUCGACACCAAUCCCGUCGUACAAGACCCUCCAGCCGCCAGGACGCAGUUUUUGUACGCCGAUUUCGCCGAAGUCACCGGAAAAAUUUUUACUGACCCUACCGGCCGCUUUGUUACCACUUCAAGCUCCGGCAAUGCAUACAUGCUAGUGGUUUAUGACUACGAUAGCAAUUUUAUUCAUGUCGAAGCCAUGAAGAACCGCACCGGUCCCGAGAUUUUGAGCGCCUACAAGCGUGCUCACGCCAUGCUAUCCUCCAAAGGUUUGCGCCCCCAACUCCAACGCUUAGACAACGAAGCCUCCACUGCGUUACAACAAUUCAUGUCCUCUGUUGAUAUUGAUUUUCAAUUAGCUCCUCCGCACGUGCACCGUCGGAACGCCGCCGAACGGGCAAUCCGCACGUUCAAAAACCACUUCAUUGCAGGUUUGUGCAGCACCGACAAGAACUUUCCGCUUCACCUUUGGGAUCGCUUACUCCCACAAGCCAUCAUGACUCUCAACCUUCUUCGAGGGUCUCGUAUCAACCCAAAUCUGUCGUCCUGGGCCCAACUCCAUGGCUCGUUCGACUACAAUCGUACCCCUUUGGCUCCCCCGGGCAUCCGCGUACUUGUACACGAAAAACCGACAAUUCGCAGAACUUGGGCCCCCCACGCAGCCGACGGCUGGUACGUUGGUCCCGCCAUGAACCAUUACCGAUGUUAUCGCGUCUGGAUCAAGGAGACCACCAGCGAACGCAUUUCUGACACUCUGACAUGGUUUCCCAGCCAAGUCAAAAUGCCCAGCACCUCGUCUCGCGACACAAUUGUCGCCGCUGCUCACGAUCUUGCCCAUGCUCUGGCACAUCCAUCUCCCGCGUCCCCCUUGUCGCCUCUUUCGGUCCACGAACGCGAAGCCCUCUCGCAACUUUCAGAUAUUUUUUCGAAAGCCGCUAACCCAGUUGACUCGUCCCUCCCAGUCGCUCCCACGGCAACCCUAAGUCCGCCAACUGCAUCGACUUCUUCACCUCGUCAAGUCCGCUUCCGAGACCCGGUCACUGCAUCACUUCCGAGGGUGCCGACCGCCACAGCCGCCCCUCCGCAGUCACUUCCGAGGGUGCCUCCCCCAAACUCCGAGGCCGAGACAUACAAGCUUGUCACCUGCAACCCUCGCCAAGCACGUCGUAGGGCCGCUCGAAAACUGAAAGAAAAAAUUUCCGCUUCAGCAUCCGUUGUUCCUACCCAAGCAACACCUGCACCCGUCGUACCUUCUCCCAAGGUCCCCACACCUCCGCACAUGGUUUAUGACUACGAUAGCAAUUUUAUUCAUGUCGAAGCCAUGAAGAACCGCACCGGUCCCGAGAUUUUGAGCGCCUACAAGCGUGCUCACGCCAUGCUAUCCUCCAAAGGUUUGCGCCCCCAACUCCAACGCUUAGACAACGAAGCCUCCACUGCGUUACAACAAUUCAUGUCCUCUGUUGACAUUGAUUUUCAAUUAGCUCCUCCGCACGUGCACCGUCGGAACGCCGCCGAACGGGCAAUCCGCACGUUCAAAAACCACUUCAUUGCAGGUUUGUGCAGCACCGACAAGAACUUUCCGCUUCACCUUUGGGAUUGCUUACUCCCACAAGCCAUCAUGACUCUCAACCUUCUUCGAGGGUCUCGUAUCAACCCAAAUCUGUCGUCCUGGGCCCAACUCCAUGGCUCGUUCGACUACAAUCGUACCCCUUUGGCUCCCCCGGGCAUCCGCGUACUUGUACACGAAAAACCGACAAUUCGCAGAACUUGGGCCCCCCACGCAGCCGACGGCUGGUACGUUGGUCCCGCCAUGAACCAUUACCGAUGUUAUCGCGUCUGGAUCAAGGAGACCACCAGCGAACGCAUUUCUGACACUCUGACAUGGUUUCCCAGCCAAGUCAAAAUGCCCAGCACCUCGUCUCGCGACACAAUUGUCGCCGCUGCUCACGAUCUUGCCCAUGCUCUGGCACAUCCAUCUCCCGCGUCCCCCUUGUCGCCUCUUUCGGUCCACGAACGCGAAGCCCUCUCGCAACUUUCAGAUAUUUUUUCGAAAGCCGCUAACCCAGUUGACUCGUCCCUCCCAGUUGCUCCCACGGCAACCCUAAGGCCGCUCGAAAACUGA